GUUUUGAUGGUGUUUAUUGGACUAAUAACUCACUUGUGGAGCAUGGUAUUGUAGACGUUUAUUGCCAGUGUUUGUUGGGUCGGGGACAUUAUUAAAGGUACCCACUGUGUCUAGAAACAUUGCGAAGAUUUUGCUAUCAAAAGACUCACCAACGAAAUGUGAAAUGGCAUACUCACUAGGCCGCGGUAGGGGUGUGGAUUCCAGGUUUGGCACACUUGUGCCAAGAAAAGCAUGGGGCGAUACUUAUGUUGCCCACCGAUCGUCUUCUCAGUUUCGAUCCGGAACAACCGAUACAACAACUGUACCUGAAAACAGUUUGUUAGGACGCAAGGGUUUCGAAAAUGAACAGGAACAGGAACAUCAGACCAUGGACACAGACGACUCGGCCAGCAAAGACACAAGUAUGUUCAGGAAAACAAUAGAACUAAUUGCAACCAUUGAAGGUCUCAAACCACUUGUAGAACAGUCGAAGGAUGAACUCAAAGCUGCGGAUGAAUCAAAACUGAAGUCAAGUGUUGAUAUUCAAAAUCAGCGUUUUAAGUCUGAUGGAAAUGAGUAUCUGAGAGAUGAAAACAGAAAGUUAAAAAGUGACAUUAACGAGUUAAAAGGAGAGAAUGCUGAACUUAACAAUAGUAUUAAGAGGAAAGAGAAAGAGCUUCAAAAGUCUUUGGAAAACAUCCAGAAGAAUGUAAAUGAACAAGUUGGAAAAGUAGCUGAUGAAAAGAAAAACCUUUCUGAAGAAAUCCGAAAGCUCAGAGCUGAAAAUGAAAGAUACGAGAAAGAAGUUGAAAAAUUGAAACAUUAUUGCAAGCAGGAAUUUGACAAGAGAAAUGAACUUGAACAAUCAGUAAAGCUCAGCAAAGCAGAUCUAGCUACUAUGGCCCAAGAAUGUGAGAAGUUGAAACUACAGUUGUCUCAGUCACAUAAAAAGUACGAAACUACUGAAAAGGAGAAGACGAAACUUGAAGAAGAACUUUCAGAAAGCAAAACACGUCUAAGUAGAUUGAUGGGUAAAAAGCUAGCGGACAACAAUCCUGAUAUAGCAGAUCUGAGUGAUAAGAACAGGCCUACUAAACUUGCUGAGAGAUAUGCAGAACUGUACGACAACGAAUGGACAGAUGCAUUUGAAGUUUUUAAUGAAUAUUUUGAAAAGGAACAAAAAAGCAUUGAGAUGUUGCUUGUUGUACUAAAGCAUAUAAAGGACCAUUGUGACAAAAUGGCACUGGAUCAAGCUGACAAACUAAAAGCAGCCAUAGUCGUACGUACAGACAAAGACUGUCCUGAAUAUGUUAAUAAACAGCUUAAAGACUUAAGAAGAAUGACUGCAGAGGUUACCAUGCCGGAAAUAUACCAGAGUUACACUAAGGAAGUGAAAAACUUGCGGAGUAAUAAAAUGGCUCAGUUGCUGUCAGAUGAACAAGUUCGGCCAUUUGUAAAGGGGUGUGUGGAGCUGUGUUGGCUGAUGACUGUACAAGAUCCGCCAAUUGUAUUUGGGCCUGAACCUCAAGCAGGGGAUGUCUUUGAUACGAGUGUGUACAAACACUACACCAAGACAGGUGCUUCCAUCGAAUUCCUAGUGUGGCCGACACUUCAUCUGCAUGAAGGAGGUGCGAUGUUAAGUAAAGGGGUUGCACAGGGAUAUGGCCGGGCUCAGAGUGCUCCGGGAAGGCCAAGCUCUCGAGAUAGAAGAGGAAAAAACACUGCAGCUUCUAUAAAGGAAUCAGCUGAAAGCCGUCCACAGACAGCACCACUAGCUCAGAAUACUGAUCGCGACGACAAGGGAAGAAUCGACCAGACUUCUGCAAGUGCUAAUCCAGGUAGUAAACACUUGCAAAGUCAGUAUGACCAGAAUUAUCAACAACAUGUUGUCACUGGUAAAAACACGUCAUCGAAUUCACGAUUGGGUAGCACAGUAAGAGAUACUACGGGUAAACACACAGACGUGAAUUUACAUUCUAAUCUGAGUUCUUCAGUUAGAUAUGCAAGCAAUGUUCACACGAGCCGGCUUCCACCUUAUCCUGGCAAAGACGCAAUGGGAAGAUUUUAUCAACUUCUAUACAGCGUCGGUGCCGAAAGCCAAACAACGAAAGAUCAGUUAGGGAACAAAUAUUAUGACUGUUUAAACUAUUACAACUUCUUUCAUACUUUUGAUAUGGCAGAUUUGUAAAUAACCGUUUUCAACGGGUUUGUGUCAAAAGAGUUUCGUUAAGACUUCCUUUUUCUGCAAUAUGAUCUGGAACAGGGACUGUGUUAACAUUACAUAUUUAGUGUGCCAAAGGUAUUGCACCCUUUACAACGAAGUAUUUUGGGUCUAUACCAGAGUCACACCUGCUCGUCGGUCCGUCUAUUACUAUUUAGCGUCCGAAGACCAAGAGGGCCAAUUUCAGUGUCAGAUUUGGAGGUUAUUUUCUUUCCGUUCCAUAUCAAAAUCCCUUGAAGCGUUAUCAUUAAACAAGUAUCAACGGGUAAUCUCACCGAAUCGGUUUGCAAAGCUGAAAAUCCUUGUUAGUAGUCUGAAUGACAAUGUCAGACAUUGAGGUUUAAGUAAACCGGAAGAAAUUUCAUAAUUUAAAACUUGUUUUCCUCAUAAACAAAAUCUAUAAGAAGACCAUUUUGAAGCAUAGAACGCAACCAAGCUACAAUAAUCGCAGACUCGAUUUGACUGAGUCUGUUCGUGAAAGGUAAUGAAAUGUGUUGCAUCCUCACGCCCCCUAGCACCGGAUUAAGUGGAACUCUGUUAUCCAUAAACAUUGGAUGGACUCCAUGAUCCCAAAGGACAAGAAAAUAUAACUACGCUGAGUCUAAGUAAGGGGCACCACACAACACUUAAGGACGGCGUGCAAAAGGCACAGUCCAGGUCACUAGGUCCAUUCCAUGUACCAAAACUGUGUGUGAGUGUGUUAAUCACCUUCGUUGAUAGCUGUAGUUAGAACUUACAAUAUAUUGGAAUGUGAAUAAGAAAAGUCUUAUCCUUUUUCUUCAAUUAUUUCGGUAAAUUCAGUGAUUUUAUCGUUUAGCGUCUUUUGCUUUAGUAAUGAUUUAGACAUUUACGUCAUGUAGAACGUAUACGAUUUAUGCCUUGACAGACCGUCCAACUUGCCGAUAAGUAUAGCAGGCGCUCCUUUCACUGAUCGUGACCUGAUUUGUGAUGUGUGACACUAGUUGCGUUUUCUAUAUUUGCUCAAUGCUUCUUGAAUUGUUUUCUUUACAUUACUGCUCGUCUGAGCAUAAGGUAGAAGGCAUUUAGAUAAUCAGGCACCGUUCUUCUUCCAUCACCUCGUGCAAUUUAGACUGAAUUCUGAGUAGUUCACGUUCAGAGCAGUACAAAGAAAUCCAUUCCAUGCAGAAAUAUGGUUGCCAUAGCAACGGAAUGGAUAAUGUUAAAACUAUUCUUGUCGGAAACCAUUGUUUGAAAAUAAUUUCACAGAAAUUUUCAUUUGGUGACCAUCUACCAAGAUUUAACACAUAUUCCAGUUCGUCAAAAAACUCGUGUGUUGACCUCUAGGGAUUGUAUUUUUCUGGUUUUUCAAUUUUUUAUUUCACUUUAGAACAAAUUAAACAAUUAACAACUUAUACUAUUCUAUCCGACAGUUAUAUAUAUCUAUAGUUCUGAACUGAACGUUGUAACAAUGACAGACAGUAAUAGAAAUAAAGGACAUGUACUUUG